AUGCUGCGCAAUGUGUGGUUGCGCAAUGGCGCUUCAAUUCGACGGCUACUGUCAACGACGACACGUUAUCCAUCAAUGAAUGAAGCUGUGGAACGUUUUCAAAAUAUCUCAAGCUAUCAGCAGUACCCUCAUUUCUUUCCAGUGACCAUGUCAUUGCUGGAAUAUCAUGAAAAGUUCCAAGCUCUCGAGUCAAAAGCUCGAUGCACGGAAGAAUCCGUAGCAUUGGCAGGACGUGUGAUGGCUAUCCGUCAUGCCAGCAAGAAUCUCGUGUUUCUAGAUCUACAGAGUGACGGCCAUACGGUGCAAAUUUUGUCCGAAGUAAAGUACUUUGAAGGCCAACGAGAUGAUGCAAUUGAUGGAGAUAAAGAGACAGUCAAGAAAGAGUUUCGAGCGUUGCACGAGAGUCUUCGUCGCGGUGAUAUUAUUGGAGUGAAAGGCUUCCCAGGCAAGUCCGGCAAAGGAGAAUUAAGUAUUAUUCCGAGACAAUUACAAGUUCUAGCGCCUUGUAUACAACCUUUUCCAAAUAGCAAGUAUGGCAUCAAGGAACCGGAAAUCCGAUUCCGUAAAAAGUAUCUAGACCUGCUGGUUAAUCCAAGCGUACGUCCAGUAUUCGAGACACGUGCAAAGGUGAUUCGAGGAAUUCGCAGGUAUCUUGAAGACCGCAAUUUUAUUGAGGUUGAGACGCCGAUACUAUUUUCAGCGGCGGGUGGUGCGGCUGCCCAGCCAUUUUUGACCAAUUCACGGGCGCUCGGUAAGGAGCUGUAUUUGCGCAUUGCACCGGAGCUUUUUCUCAAGCAGCUUGUAAUCGGUGGCUUUGACCGUGUCUUUGAGAUUGGUAAAGUCUUUCGAAAUGAAGGUAUCGAUGCCACCCAUAAUCCAGAAUUCACCAUGUGCGAGUUCUAUCAAGCAUAUGCAGACUACAACGUGCUGAUGGAUACGGCAGAAGAGAUGAUCUCAAGCAUUGUUAAAGACGUGGCUGGGUCGUAUAAGAUCCAGUACCCGAUGGAAGAGGCGAGUGACGGAGCGACACAAACUUCUGAUGACGAGCCAUCCAUGGUGGAGAUUGAUUUCGCGCCUCCUUUCAAGCGUCUUCCGGUCCUUGAGACACUCGAGAUGUGUUUGGGUGAGAAGCUUCCAGACGUGAAUUUACCAGAUUCGAUACCGGCACUCUUGAAGCUGUGUGAACGACACAAUGUGGAUUUCUCCAGGCCGUACACAUGCAGUCGCCUAGUAGAUAAACUCAUCUCACAUUUUAUCGAGCCUAAGUGCGUGAACCCGACGUUCCUAUACAACCACCCAGUAUGUAUGAGUCCGCUCGCUAAAGCACAUCGCGAGCAGGAAGGUGUGACUGAGCGGUUUGAGCUUUAUGUGGCUGGAAAGGAGCUGUGCAAUGCGUACACGGAGCUGAACGACCCGUUUGAUCAGCGCCAGCGGUUUGCAGCGCAACAGGCGGACCAGCAGCGUGGUGACAUUGAGGCGCAGAGCAAGGACAACGAGUUCUGCACAGCUCUCGAAUACGGCCUACCACCAACAGGUGGUUUUGGCAUCGGUAUUGAUCGCCUCGUUAUGUUGCUGUCAAGCAAACCUCACAUCCGGGAAGUCAUCAUGUUCCCUGCAAUGAAACCCAAGCAGGACAAGGAGGAACCGUAA